AUGGCAACUCUUGACACUGCACACAAUUACUCGCCUACCUGGCUUGGUCUGGCAACGCAGCUUGGAAUAUCAGCUAGUAUAUCACUUUAUUGUGUGCUACAGUUUGAAUGGAAUCGUCAUAGAGAUUCCAUGCAAUAUCUAUACACUCCAAGAACAAGGCUUUCAGAGAAUGCAUCUCCGCCAAUACCUCGUGGUCUCUUCACAUGGAUAAAAGCGACAGUAUCCCUACCCGAGAAGUUUUACCUACAAAAUGUAGGUCUAGACGCGGUCAUGUAUCUCCGUUUUCUGACAAUGGCGUUAAAAUUUCUGGUAUUUAACGUGGUGGUGGUAUGCUCGAUUCUAAUGCCGAUUAAUUAUUUCGGGAAAGGUGAAGAGAAGGGGGUGCAAGUGUUUUCGGUAAAUAAUCUCACCCAGAAUAACUACAAGUAUCUUUGGGCGCACAUGAUUUGCACGUAUUUUGUCAGUAUCAGUUGGAUGUACUUUCUGUACAUAUCCUACUGGGAUUAUAUGAUGAUGCGUAAAGAGUAUUUAAUGAAUAAGGCGAAAAGAGGGUCGGUGAGUGCACGGACAGUGAUGGUGUCGCGGAUUCCGGAAGACCUUCGGUCUGAGGAACGAUUGAAAUUGCAUUUUGAGGCGUUGGGUAUUGGGCAGGUGGAAUCUGCUAGAUUGGUCAGACAUAUUGGAAAAUUGAAUAGAAAGAUUACUAGGCGUGAAAAAGCGCUUCUUGCGUUGGAAAAAGCACAUAUUCAAUUGGCUAAGAAUGUUGUUUAUGCUAUUAAAAAGCGGAAAUGGUAUCAUUUCGGAGUUGGAUUCAAGCCAAAGCAUAUUUCGAGUCCGAAAGAAAAUAAUACGGCUAAUAGUAAUAACGAUAAUGAUCCUUCAUUGGAAUUAGAGGCUGGUAACGCCAAAGAACGUCAAAUUCUUCAGCCAUUCGUCGAUUUAUUGGAUAGGCGAAAAAAGAAACAAUCAAAUACUCUUGAAGACCAAUCUACAAACAAACCUUCUGCAACCUCCGCAAACACAAGCACGUUCUCAUCAAGCGAAGAUUUCUUAGAUCAAGAAGAUGGCUAUGGACGUCAAUUUCUUAUCUGGGAAGCACUCGCACAGCUUCCAAAGGCAACUUUGGAUAAAUAUCAGCCAACUCAUAGAAUUGGAUAUUUUGGGACCGGAACUCGAGUGCUCUCAAUCGAUCAUUUUCUCAAAAAAUUCAAUUUUUUGGAUAGGCGUAUUGCAGAAAUACGCGCAAUUUCCGUAAACGAGAGACCACCAAAACCAACAAGUACUGGCUUUGUUACAUUCGUUAAUCAUACUAGUGCUAAUAUGGCCGCGCAAUGUAUUAUGAGCACAAAACCGCAUACUCUUACCACGAAAAUGGCACCCGAGCCCCGAGAUAUACUAUGGGAAAAUAUAUCAAUGCGUUUUCGGGAGAAAAUGAUACGAACCUGGAUUGUUAACGCUAGUGUCUGGGCUUUAACGAUAUUUUGGCUCUUUCCCAUAUUCGCCUUUCUUACCCUUACCUCAAUUGAUUCUCUUUCACAAAGAAUUCAUUUUUUGGGACCCUUUUUAGAGGCGCGUCCUAUUGUGCGUACACUAUUACAGAAUGUGUUACCAACUGUAUUGGUUUCGUUCUUUAUGGCAAUGUUACCUUGGAUUUUAAUGGAAAUAUCGAAACAAGAAAGUUUUCCCUCUUAUUCUGAACUUGAAGAGGCUGUUUUAAUUCGAUAUUAUCAUUUCUCUUUUUUCAAUGUGUUUAUCGUGUUCUUAUUGGGUAUAACAUUUCUCGAGUCGAUAUUUGACGUGAUAAAUCAGCCCACAAGCAUUAUAGAGACACUAGCAAAAAGUUUACCACAGGGGGCAACAUUUUUUAUAAAUUAUAUUAUUUUCAAUAUUUGUACUCAUGGACUUGAACUUCUGCAAGUGGGAUCCCAACUCUUCCUUCAUAUAAUCCUUACAUCACGAUUUGUCGCCACAACUCCACGAAUGCUUCAACGAGUCUCCCAUCCAUGGCCUUUCCAAUUUUAUUACUACUAUCCAAAUCAUAUACUAGUGCUCGUCAUUACCAUCACUUACUCCACGAUAAAUCCGCUAAUUCUAAUAUUUUCACUGGUUUAUUACGCGGUAGCCUUCGUAGUAUAUAAGCAUCAGUUCGCGUAUUGUUAUGUACGACGUUAUGAAUCUGGCGGGAAAUUCUAUCGAAGAGUUUUCGGCUAUACUACUGACGGACUGAUUAUCUAUCAACUCACCAUGAUCGGAUUGAUUUGGCUAAGAACUGCUAUUGUCGCUGGUGCCUUUUUGGUGCCAUUGCUUGUCGGAACUGUAUACUUCAGGUAUUACUGUCACAAAACUUUUUACUCAAGAACUCACUAUUUAGCCUUGGAUACCCGACUUGAAAUGGAGACUGCCGAGAAAGCUAGACAAGAUGAACCAACAGCAGAUAGUCGUAUUGAUGAUCUAACUAGUAAUGAAAAAGGAUUACCCGUGGUGAUUGAACAAUCGGAAAAAGAAGAGCUGGAAAAAAAGCAAGAAUCUUUUAAUCUCAAUGAUAGUAUUGAGCCAAUAAUUACACAAGACGCUGUCGCCGAACAUUUCAACAGGUUAUCAGAAAAUAAUGGAAGCAUGGAAAGUAUCUCUGAUAAUUCUACCGCUAUCUUCAAAAGCUCUAUUGAUAAUAGUAAUAAUAAUCAAACCACCACAUCAGUAACAAAACAUGUCGAGGGACCUCGUGUUAGGCUCAGCUUGGGACAGACAACUGCAAGACCAGGACAGAGCUUAACCGAUCUCACAAAAGACGUGUCAUCAGGCGAACAGAAUGCCGAAAAUACAACAACUGGACGUACUACACCUAUAUUAACACUGAAUACAGAGGGCGUGCAUCGAACAAAAGACAAUAUUGCGCCAUCAGGAUACAAAGGAAUCACAACUGUGAAACCGGGUCCACCAAAGAUGGUUUCCACUUCUAAUGAACCUAUUCCUUUAAACAAAAAGAAAAAUGUUGCAGACUCUGGAAAUGAUGCCGAAACACAAAAACCCAUACUAUUUUCAACUUCACCAACAGCCAUUUCCCCAAAUCGUACUCCCUCAAGUUUUCUAAAUGUUCCUUCACACACACCAAGAACCCCUUCUGGAUUCUUAGCACGUGCAAAUCUUAAUCUGACACACGACCCAAAUCUUCAAACAAUUCAGGAUGACAAAUCACCUUACCAAACUUACUUUCACCCGAAUCUUGUAAAAGCAUUAAAUCGUAAACUUUGGCUACCACGAAACCCCCUCAAGGGAAUUACAGUCGAGGAUACAGUCGAAUUGGAUCGUGCAUUGACUUCAAGCGAAGGUGGAACUGGAUUAGUCGGUUAUUGGGGUGGAGCUUCUGGAUUUCUUGGCGAAGCAAGAAUCAGCAUGUAUGAUACCACUAUACUUCCAAUUUUUCCGGGUCAUGCGAAAGCGGCAACAGAUAUUGGAUGUGGUGGUGGCGGGAAUGGCAACGACAAUAAUCGUGUAUUACUGCAUCGCCGUGCAAUUACUGAUCCUAUUACACAUGCGGUUAGUCCUAUUACACGUAAAUUUAGUCAAGAUGGUGGUGGCGAAUAUCCAUUUUCACCUAUUUUGCCUUGCUCACCAGAAGAGGAAGGUUUUGUAAAUAAGGAGGAUUUUGCGAGUGGCGAAUUGGAAUCGGGAGAAUUGACAAGUGGGGAAACUAUUUAA